UCGCUAACGUUACUGUCUUCAGCUAUGACAGGUGUAAUUACCGGUGGGACAACAGCUACAAGGAGAUGCACACUCGUGCUCACAUUAUUAUCGUGUAACAUUAAACAAUGUUACGUUAAUGUCGUGGUAGGCUUCUUUGCCCCGUCUUGCGAUAAAGGACGUCUGUGUGAAGCUUAACGGUAACGUUACAGCUUGCUCGAUAGCGUGAGCGUAACUACUGUUCCCUGACAACAUGUUUACAAACAGCGUAGUUAACGUUAGUCCAGUAUGUUAUCAUGGCAAGCAUGUUGGCGAGCAUCAGUUGACAGGCCAUAAAGUGGCUGUGAAGAUCCUAAACAGACAGAAGAUCCGCAGUCUCGAUGUCGUUGGGAAGAUCAAGCGCGAGAUCCAGAAUCUCAAACUAUUCAGACACCCACACAUUAUCAAGCUGUACCAGGUGAUAAGUACACCCACAGAUUUCUUCAUGGUCAUGGAGUAUGUGUCUGGAGGUGAGCUGUUUGACUACAUCUGCAAACAUGGACGGGUGGAGGACACAGAAGCUCGCCGUCUUUUCCAGCAGAUUAUCUCAGCUGUAGACUACUGCCACAGGCACAUGGUGGUCCACAGAGACCUCAAACCUGAGAAUGUCCUGCUGGAUGCCAGCAAGAACGCCAAGAUAGCCGACUUCGGACUGUCAAACAUGAUGUCAGAUGGGGAGUUCCUACGGACGAGCUGUGGCUCACCCAACUAUGCAGCUCCAGAGGUCAUCUCAGGAAGGCUGUAUGCAGGUCCAGAGGUGGACAUCUGGAGCUGUGGCGUGAUCCUGUACGCUCUGCUGUGCGGCACUCUGCCCUUUGAUGAUGAGCACGUCCCCACGCUGUUUAAGAAGAUCAGAGGAGGCGUCUUCUACAUCCCAGAGUACCUGACUCGAUCUGUGGCCUCUCUGCUCAUGCUCAUGCUGCAGGUGGACCCUCUGAAGAGAGCCACCAUCAAAGAUAUCAGGGAACAUGAAUGGUUUAAGCAGGACCUGCCAGGCUACCUGUUCCCAGAGGACCCCUCAUAUGAUACCACAGUCCUGGAUGAGGAGGCCGUCAGGGAAGUGUGUGAGAAGUUUGAAUGCACUGAGUCCGAGGUUGUGUCCAGUCUUUACAGCGGAGAUCCACAGGAUCAGCUAGCAGUGGCCUAUCACCUUAUAAUAGACAACCGGCGCAUUAUGACCCAGGCCAGCGAGUUCUACUUGGCCUCCAGUCCUCCACAGGGCUCCUUCAUAGAAGAGGGCAUGCCGCUACCCCCCGGGGUCAAACCCCACCCAGAGAGGAUGCCUCCGCUCCUUGCUGACAGCCCCAAGUCUCGUUGCCCUCUGGAUGCUCUCAACACCACCCGGCCCAAACCUCUGGCAGUGAAGAAGGCCAAGUGGCACCUCGGGAUCAGGAGUCAGAGCAGACCCUAUGACAUCAUGGCUGAAGUGUACAGGGCUAUGAGACAACUCAGCUUUGACUGGAAGGUGGUGAACCCAUACCAUCUGCGGGUACGGAGGAAGAAUCCAGUGACAGGAAACCUGGUGAAAAUGAGCCUGCAGCUAUACCAGGUGGACAACAGAUCCUAUCUCCUCGACUUCAAGAGCAUCGACGAUGACAUCAUUGAAGCAAUGGGCUUUAAAUCGGGGUCGUCCACUCCUCAGAGGUCAGGUUCAUCGGCCGGUCUCCUCAGACCCAGACUGAGCAUCGACUCUGCAAGCCCAGCGAUUGAUCUGCCCCAGCUCAGCUCCUCUCUCCCUGGGUCGCUGUCCGGUAGCUCCCCUCUACUCACGCCACGUCAGGGAUCACACACCAUGGACUUCUUUGAAAUGUGUGCCAGUUUGAUCACCACGCUGGCACGCUGAGACCUGUCAACUCCAAACCUCGCUGUAACCUGUUUUUUAAGCCAGCCUGAUCCGGGAUGUAGGGAGUGUAGGUGUUCAGAGUGACUUCCUCUUUCUGUCUCCUCUCCAUCUCUGUUCCGGUUGAAUUAUACUGGAUGGGUUAAUGGAAAUGUGAAAAGCAAAGCCUGUCACCUCAGAUUAAGGAGACAUAGAGAGGAAGCCUUUCUCAGAAAGGCAGAUAGAUAGCUUCUUUUUUCUUAUUUUGACAGAGUCCUUGGGUCAGAGUCUUGAAGUUUAGACAUCUGGCCACAGUUUGUGAAAACUGAUCCUGGGACUGGAAUCUGUGAACUAGCAGAGGCCCAGUAAAAGAGAGGUCACAAUUCACAUGGGAGUCAGCAAAGGUCAAGUUCUCUACCACUCCUCCCACAAAUACCCUUAUCAACUGCUGAAAUGUCAUCACCCACCAUAACACUUAACGGUGGGAAAUCCUGCUGCAUUUUCCCCAGUCACUGAUCAGAGGUCAGUUUAGCUACUUGUCGUAUAUUUUGAUUAAGGCACUGGUUGUUAAAACUGACAUUAAAUCUGUGUCUGAGGGAACAUUAACAUGUAAGAUUUUAUUUCAGGUUUUACAGUAUAUAGUUUGUAAAGAAACAGCUUUUGUUAUUCAUUUAUAUUAUAUUUAUAUACAAUCAGAUGAUGUAGCUGAAAAGGUAAAUAAAGGUAUACCAAAUAACAGACUUUAUAGACCAGAAAGAAGAUUAUUAUUUAGAUAUCAGAUCCAUAUUUAUUUUUGAGAGAUUGUUUUUCGGCACUGUAGUUAUUUUAUUCUAGCACAGCAUCGAGAGCUUUAUCCUGAUUUUAAGUAGAUUGUAGAAAUUUAAUGAACCUAGGGAGACGGCAGGAUAGUAGGACCAUAAUAAUCGGUAUUGCACGGUACUGACUGUGUCCUUCAUUUAGUGUUGAAGCGCAGAAACACACCACCUCCCGUGGGUUUUCACAGCCACAAUAUUAUCUGACUUUUUUUGCACAGCAAUGGAUGUAUUUCAAAGAUACUGUGCUUAUUGUACUUUUCUCUAUUGCGCAUUCAGUAACUGUCGCAAAUAUGCAACACGCAUACACAGGCUCGUUGACACUUCAGUCUAGUCGUUAAAAAUCUGAGCAGUUGUUAAUAUGCUGCUCACCCAUGCAUGUACAGAUUCAUUCAGUCAUUUUAAAAAAAGCAAAUCUUUGUCAAUUUUCAAUAUGGCACUGAUAAACUUAAUUAGCCCUGUGUCCAUCCUGUAGGUGGAUAAAAAUGAGGGGAUGAUGAUAAUCCAGGAGGAGUAAAAGAGGCAGUGAGAUGGUGUGUAUCUGCUGCAGGACAGUGUAAGCCACAGAAACCUUUCUCCAGAUGCCUUAAAGAAUGCAACACAGUCAUUCUGUGCAUAUAUUUAUGGAGAGAGUGUGUGCAUGAGGAUUUCUGCAGAGAUUUGUGAGAUUUGUAGAAAGUGUGAAUCGGUGAACAAAGUGACGAGGGUCAAAACAUGAUGCUUUGGUGUUUUUGUAGCUGUGUGGGUCUCCUCUGUUUAGUAGUUGUCUGUUCAGUCUGCACUUUAAAACAGACGCCAGGAGUUUGCGGAUUUACUGUACCUGUUGUUUCUGUCCUACGUUUUGAUGAAUGCCACUGUGUUAUUUCUUAUACAAAUGUUUAAUGCAUUGUCUUGUCAGAUCGUACCAGGCAUUGUGUAUCAAUGUUGUCAUACAAUAUUUUUUCAAAAUCUCUUCUGACUGAAUGUAAAGUGGAAGGUGCCGCUGCUCAGAUGAAGCCUCUCAUCUAUCUUUCUGUCUGGCUUUGUUCUCUCGGUUUUAGAGCAGUGUUGUUUUGAUGGAGAGCAAAGAACUGUUGCCUUUCUGCUGUUCAGUAAAACACAGAGGUUGGAGGGGCGGUACAGACUUUACUUUAGACUGGUGUCACAAAUAGGAAACCCCAAAAUGGCCAAUAAUUAAUAUUUUUAAUAUUCUGUGAUUAUAUGUAAUUAUUAUUAUAUUUUAAUCAUCAUUGUUAUCUUCACUUGGGGCAAAUGAUUGGCAGAAGGGCAAAGAGGCAGGGGUUUGUGAUAAAACUAAAUUAAAUAAAAUGUUUUAUAGAGUUAGUAUAACAUAAGAGUGAUUACCUAAUAUUUGAUUAUAAGGAGGAGAAUUUGGUAACGUUGAAGGUUCACACACAUCAGUCUAGACUAUGACUCUUCAACCAGUUGCAAUGUUGUUGACUGAGUACUUUGUUGGACCUACAAUAAUUUGAUGUAGACUGAGGUUCUAGUUUGUUGCAUCGUGUUUGAAAUGGGGUCACUAAUGUUUGCCUUAUAAGAGCAUUGUGAAGGCUUUUGGUCAAUUUCUUGACAGUCUUUGUUACUCUGCUGACACCCUUUAUUACAUGUAUGGUGUUUUUAUGUCCUGUGAGGGGUUGCCUUUCCACUGAAUAUACUUUGAUGUCAGGGAGACCCUCUGCUCCCUGCUGCAAGACACAUGCAACUGCUCACACACAGCUUUAUAAACACUAAUCCAUGUUGUUCAGUCAACCCUCUGUAUUACACUCUAUUGCUGUCUUAAAUGACUUGUCCUCUGUAUUGUGAGGUCACAUCACGAUCAAAUCUGGUCUGAUCCAUUAUGCAUUUGUUCCUGAUUCUGCUCUUGACAAUGUAACAUACUGAUCAGUGAAGUACACUAUCUUACAGAGGCCAUGGGUUGUAUUUAUAAGCUCCUGAUAUAACCAAUAUUUGCUGUCAGAUGUAGUACUGUACCAUUACAACUGUAUGCACCUACCAGUGGCAUGUUAGUCAUGUAAACUCUAAUCUUUGUCAGAGCUGGGAAACACAUGCCAGAGGGCCUAAUCAAUACAGACUUUCCGUGUUGUACCAAAGUGAGUAUUUUCAACAGCAAGGCUGUGCGCUCUGUUUAUCUGUGGUGGGGUUCUUAUGAUUACCGUAACAUUAAAUACCCCAGUGUAUGUCAUUUGUGUGUGACAUGUCUGCACUCGCACUGGUUAUUGUGAAGGAAUGUGUAUAAGAGUGUGUUUCAGCGUGUGUGUGUGUGUGUGUGUGUGUGUGUGCGUGAAUGUGACAGUGUGUUUCACUUGUCUCUCCUCGUCUCUGUCUGAUUGGGGUUUGGAUUUCUCUUGUUAUGCACUGCAUGAUGUUGCUGUUAUGAUUUGCACUUUAAUGAGUAUUUAUUGAAAAACAAUAAACAAACACAUAAAAGCAAAA